AGUGAACAUCUCUCGUGCCGUCGAGUCAUUGGAAGAUUCAUGGCCACCGUGCUUGUCCAUGCAAUUCCAUUUCCGCCAGUGCCUAGACUGAGACCCAAAAACGUGGCGGCACCUGCUCGCUGUUUGGUCUCGACCGCACAUCAAAGCACGAGAUUUGUUGGGUUAUGUCGACACACUUGCACAGUGAGAUCAGUAGCAGAAGAAAGUUCCAGCUCCAGCUUGGACGUUGGGGAUGAUGAGGUUAUUAAGACACAGCUUCUGGAAGAAAUCGAAGGAAUCAAUAGAGGCAUUUUCGGAGUCCCGUCUGCGAAGAAAUCUCAGAUUGAAGCUCUCGUCAACCAGCUCGAGUCCCGGAAUCCUACUCCAGAUCCUCUUCUUAAUCUACAAAAGGUGGGUGGAUGCUGGAAACUUGUGUACAGCACAAUUACCAUUUUAGGUUCAAAACGAACAAAGCUGGGAUUGAGGGACUUCAUCUCCUUGGGUGAUUUCUUCCAGAAUAUUAACAUUGCUAAGGGUAAAGCAGUUAAUGUGAUCAAGUUCGACGUGAGAGGAUUGAAUCUGUUUAAUGGACGGCUGACAAUUGAGGCCUCCUUCAAGAAAGCAUCCAAUUCAAGAGUUGACAUCAACUAUGACAACUCCACGAUCACUCCGAGUCAGUUAAUGAACGUGUUCCGAAAAAAUUAUGAUGUUCUGCUUGGGAUCUUCAACCCAGAAGGAUGGCUUGAGAUCACAUAUGUUGAUGAUACCCUGAGAAUAGGGAGGGAUGAUAAAGGCAACAUCUUCAUAUUAGAGAGAUCACAUGAAAGUUCGCUUUAAGCAUCAAGACUCGGGUCAUCAUUAUAAACUUACAGUCUGAAGGAUCAUUUUUGGAGGGUUACAUUCACCAUAGCCGUAAUACUCAUUCAUUACAGUAGCUCUUGUCAUUCUGUAAAUUGUAAUUUUGCAACUCAUACAGCUGCAAAUAUCUACGGCUGAGCAUCUUCUUCUUUCAAAAUCCAAAGAUACAAUCAAGAUAAAAGCAGGCAUAUACAUACAUAUAUGUGCUAUCAUGAUGAGGAACGUACUACUUCAGUAACAUAUCUGUAAACUUAGGCAUGUAUGGAAUAUAUUUCCCGAGAAUGAUUUCAUUGAUAUUGAUCGUUCGACGUUA